CCUACUGCUGCAAAACAUCUGUUUUUUUUCGGUUAAUCCAAAGAAUGACGAAUACCCGCGUUUAAAUGUCCAACAUGAGUGAAAUGGAAGCCGGAAAGAUUAUGACACCGCAGGCGACAGGCCAAGAUGUCCUGCCACAGAUACCUGUGAUCACCUCGGUGAGCUGCUGCUUUGUGCUGGCGCUGCUUUAUGUGGGAAGUCUCUAUAUCUGGAACACCAAACAUAACCGGGAUCAUCCCACGACGGUUAAGAGAAGAUUCAUUAGCGUAUCCAUAGUGAUGCUGAUGGCUCCCUUCUUUGUUUACUUCUUUUCAUCGCCGGAACUGCUGAAACGGGAGCCGUUCCCGAAAUUGCUAGGAUUCCGAUUGGAGGGAUUGUGGCAGGCCGUGGUGAUACCCUACGCCCUCACAGCUCUCCUCUUCCUGGGACCCAUCUUUGUAAACAUGCAGAAUGAGUCAAUACGCUCGUAUUUCGAUAUUGACUACUGGCGAGGAUCAUUCAGCAGCAUUAUCUGGGUGCGUAAUCAUGUGAUGGCUCCUUUAAGCGAAGAGUUCGUGUUCCGAGCCUGCAUGAUGCCCCUUAUCCUGCAGAGUUUUUCACCCAUGGUUGCCGUCUUCAUCACACCUCUGUUCUUUGGGGUGGCUCACCUGCACCACAUAGCCGAGCGACUGAGUUUGGGAGUGGAACUAAGCACUGCCUUGUUGAUAGGUUUAUUCCAGUUUACCUACACCACGUUGUUUGGGUUCUAUUCAGCAUAUUUGUUUGCUCGAACUGGUCAUUUGGUGGCUCCAUUUCUGGUGCAUGCAUUUUGCAAUCACAUGGGUCUACCGGAUAUUCAGGAUUUGUGGCAGCAGGAUCUCUGGCGACGUGUCCUAGCCAUUUUUCUUUAUGUAGCCGGUUUUGCUGGGUGGAUUUAUUUGUUGCCCCUGGCCACGGUUCCUUCAUUGUAUGCCAACACUCUGUACUGGAAGGAAUGAUUGGGGCUUUAAUGCCCAGAAGAGAUUGUAGCUUUAUUUUUUUAGACUCAUUAAUCAAUCGUUGCCAUAUGACAAGCUUGUAUGUAUCAAAUUUCAUAUCAAAAUAACCUGCGCAAAUCAUAAAAAAAAAAAAAACAAUUGUAAAAGAAAACGGUCUUCCUGUUAAUAUAUAGGAAUCUACUUUAAGAUAAAUGUGGAAAAUGCAUUCUAAGAUCGAUUAUAUUUACGAAAAAUUGUUGAGUUGUACCCCAUUGUCAUCACAUUUUGGUUAUUGAAUAUUGUAAUGUUUUGUUAAAUUAAAUUAGUGAAAUUCUUGCAU